AUGAAUAGAGAAAGGACGCAGGCAAAUGUGUAUCCUUUUAUACCCAGUCUAUCCACAAACGUGCUUUUAUACGUGGUAGAGCAACAUGGUUUUAUGCACAUUGCUUGGGAAACGGAGGGAGAUUUGCACGCAGCCGAAUUGGCAAUCUAUCUCAACUGUCCUCUGAUUAGUGAAGAUUCCGAUUUCUAUUUGUUUGUUUCCGAAGGACCCACGGAACUGUGUUUCGUUCGUCAGAGCUCAAUUGUUUGGAAUGCGAAAAGGUUGCACACGUCUUGUGAUCGGUGUCGUGCAAAUGCAAACCAAUGUCACGUCUUGCUCUGUGAGAAAUUCUGUCGAAAUACUAGCCCAUUGAAAUCCGUGAGCAGAAAACUGCUCCCGUUGUUAUCUGUGUUGAUUGGGAAUGAUUUGAUCGAUCCCGCACCCAUGUUUGGACUCAUUAGUGAUUGCCGGGGAUCAAAUCCUCCCAGAAUACGGUCGCGUAACGUUUCCAGAAUUGAUACAUGCAUUCGUUGGCUCAGUCAGUUCCAUGGAGAAGAUCUUGGAGAAGCCUUACGAAUCAUUUUAUUCAAUUGCUUGGGAGAGGACUCCGUUGGGACGGUGAAACGAAUAAUAAAAACUGUGCUGACCUAUGUGAUCAAUCCACGACAACUGGAUCCCUCGAUAAUUGAGCUGUUGAAAAUUCCUAAAGCAAAACAGGAAGAACAAAUGGACCAUGUGACAAUACACGAGAGUUAUGAGAAGGCUAUCCAAUCCAUGCUGCAUGAAUCGCCCCAUGAUCAUCAUGGUGGAGAUAAUAACAUACUCGGUCGGACAAUAGAUGUCAUGUUCCAAUGGCCGCUUUCAUUGGUUCGUCAAUUCCGCUUGUCUCUGUGUCCAACUUAUGCACUAGACGCUCUGUAUGUGCGCGGUGGAGUGGUACUGGGCAUCAGUUAUGAAGACACUAAGUUGCCUCAAUCAGUGCACAAAGUGAGUCAGGAAUUGCGUGCAAUGCAAUACAACAUUUUGCUCGGUUUGGAAGAACAACUACGGCUUGUUGACAGCAAGUGUUACGGUCUGGUUGACCACAAAGUAACAGAACAUACGAUAAUAAACGGACAAUUUCAACCGAUUUGUAUUCCCUGCAAGCCGUAUCGAUUGCAUCAUAUCGAGGAAUUUCUGAACAAACAUUUCAGCUGCCCGGUCUCGGAACUAAAUGAUCCGUUUGAUAGACAAUUAUACAUCAUCCUCGAUUUAUGGUUUCGUAACUCACAGUUGGCCGGCAACCAGUGUGAGAGUAUCAACGACAGUCCGGUAGCUUUGGCUUUCACCGCAUUUGUCUAUGCUACAAAAGAUUGCUAUCCUGGCAUUGGUGAACUGUAUCGUCAUGUGAAACAUUUUCAAAGUAUUUGUGAAGAUGCGAAUCGGACUGAGCAAUUCCAUGCACAUAUCACGCAUCAGUUAGUCGAAUUACAACUGAUCACUGUUGAGUUGAAUGCGAUAGUUCAAAUGGUAAUGGGGAUCACGCCGUCCGACGAACCGUCUGAACGAACGGGGCUGAAUCCGUUCGAAAUGUGGAGGAUGUUUGGAAGCUGCGAAGCAAUCUACUGGCUUGCGCGAACCCUGGAGCUGCAGCCAGUACACGAGAGAUUCGGACAAACGAAGAACCGAUGGAUAAGGCGACUGACCUGUUCUUCAUCGAAUGAACGUGCAGAGAACAGAAUGGACCAAGCCAUCAACCGUUUUAAUCAUCUAUGGCGCGCGAUCAAACUGCAAUAA